AUUUAUUUCAAAAGUAGAAGAAGUAUUGAAUGACUGGAAACUUAUUGGGAUUUCUUCAGGCAAACCUCUACAAAAGGGUGUAUACACCACGGGAGCAUGGGAAGAGAAAUCAGAUGAAAUUUCAUUUGCAGACUUCAAAUUCUCAAUUACCCAUCAUUAUCUUGUACAGGAACCCAGUGACAAAGAUGGGAAAGAAGAACUGGUAGAAGAUGCCCUUCCUCUGCCUGUGCAGGACUUGCUGUGCAUGAACAAUGACUUUCCUCCUAGAGCUCACUGUCUGGUAAGAUGGUAUGGCUUACGUGAGUUUGUGGUCAUUGCUCCAGCUGCAAAUAAUGAUGCAGUUCUUAGUGAAUCCAAAUGUAACCUCUUGCUGAGUUCCAUUUCCAUUGCAUUGGGGAACACUGGCUGUCAGGUACCACUAUUUGUGCAAAUACAUCAUAAAUGGCGACGAAUGUAUGUUGGAGAAUGUCAGGGUCCAGGAGUUCGAACUGACUUCGAAAUGGUUCAUCUUCGCAAAGUGCCAAAUCAGUACACUCACUUGUCAGGAUUACUGGAUAUCUUCAAAUCCAAGAUUGGAUGCCCUUUAACACCACUGCCUCCGGUUAGCAUGGCUAUUCGACUUACAUAUGUGCUUCAAGACUGGCAGCAGUAUUUCUGGCCGCAGCAGCCACCAGAUAUAGAUGCUCUAGUUGGGGGAGAAGUUGGAGGCCUCGAAUUUGGGAAGUUACCAUUUGGUGCCUGUGAGGAUCCUAUUAGCGAGCUUCAUUUAGCUACCACAUGGCCUCACCUAACAGAAGGUAUAAUUGUUGACAAUGAUGUUUAUUCUGAUCUGGAUCCUCUUCAAGCACCCCAGUGGUCUGUGAGAGUCAGAAAAGCAGAUAACCCUCAGUGUCUGUUAGGUGACUUUCUUACUGAAUUCUUCAAGCUUUGCCGUCGGAAGGAGUCAACUGAUGAGAUACUUGGAAGGUCUGCAUUUGAAGAGGAAGGAAAAGAGGUUGCUGAUAUUACCCAUGCUUUGUCAAAGCUCACAGAGCCAGCACCAGUCCCAAUUCAUAAAUUAUCAGUCACAAAUAUGGUUCACAGUGCAAAGAAAAAAAUUCGCAAACACAGAGGUGUAGAUGAAUCACCUUUAAACAAUGAAGUUCUGAACACUAUUCUUCUGUUCUUAUUUCCUGAUGCUGCUGACAAACUCGCAGAUGGAUUCGAAAGCAGAACUAGCACUUCAGAAGGAAACAAUCCUCCUCCAGAGAAUGAAGAUUAUAAUCUCUUCAGUCAGUUUAAAUCUGCUCCUUCUGAUAGUCUGACGUACAAACUAGCUUUAUGUCUUUGUAUGAUAAACUUCUACCAUGGAGGAGUAAAAGGAGUGGCACAUCUUUGGCAAGAAUUUGUGUUAGAAAUGCGCUACAGAUGGGAGAACAACUACCUUAUUCCAGGAUUAGCUAAUGGCCCUCCAGAUCUGAGAUGCUGUUUACUGCAUCAGAAACUUCAGAUGUUAAAUUGUUGCAUAGAAAGAAAGAAAGCAAGAGAUGAGGGGAAAAGGGGGACCAUGUCUGAUCGUUCACCUGGUGAUACUGGAAAAGGAGCAGACCACUCUGGAGAGAACCCUGAUAAGGAAAAAGAAGUUGGCAAGUCUUGGGAAUCGUGGAGUGACAGCGAAGAGGAGUUUUUUGAAUGUCUGAGUGAUACAGAAGAUCUUAAAGGAAAUGGGCAGGAAAAUGGAAAGAAAGGAGGAGCAAAAGAAGGCAACAAAGAGCCUGUAAACUUAAAACCAGAAGGUCGUCUGCACCCGCACGGAAAGCUGACGCUGCUGCAUCCAGGAGAGCCUCUCUACAUUCCAAUAACACAGGAACCAGCACCCAUGACUGAAGAUUUGCUGGAAGAACAGUCCGAGGUCCUGGCAAAACUCGGGACGUCAGCAGAAGGUGCUCAUCUUCGGGCACGCAUGCAGAGUGCCUGCUUGCUCUCAGAUAUGGAGUCUUUUAAGGCAGCUAAUCCUGGCUGUUGCCUGGAGGAUUUUGUGAGGUGGUACUCCCCUCGGGAUUACAUCGAAGAGGAAGUGGUCGAUGAAAAGGGGAAUGUAGUAAUUAAGGGCGAGCUGAGUGCCCGAAUGAAGAUUCCUAGCAACAUGUGGGUAGAGGCCUGGGAGACAGCAAAACCAGUCCCAGCCCGGAGGCAGAAGAGACUCUUCGAUGACACUAGAGAGGCAGAGAAGGUGCUUCAUUACCUUGCAGUUCAGAAACCAGCUGACCUUGCAAGGCAUCUCUUGCCUUGCAUCAUCCAUGCAGCUGUACUCAAGGUAAAGGAAGAAGAAGCACUAGAAGAUAUAUCUUCAGUCAAGAAGAUUAUUAAGCAGAUAAUAUCCCAUUCCAGUAAAGUUCUACGGUUCCCCAAUCCAGAGGACAAGAAGUUGGAAGAAAUCAUUGCUCAGAUUAUGAGCGUGGAAGCUAUCAUUGCCAGGGCCAGGUCUCUGAAAGCAAAAUUUGGGGUUGAGAAAUGUGAAAAUGAGGAGGAGAAAGAAGAUCUACAAAGAUUUGUGAACUGUCUCCUGGAGCAGCCAGAAGUGUCAGUUAUUGGUGCAGGAAGAGGACCUGCUGGUAGCAUUAUUCACAAGCUGUUCGUGAAUGCUCAGAGGCUGACUGAAUCUUCUGAUGAGGUUUCUGCAGCACCUCCAAUUGAUGAAGAACUGAGGAGAUCAGGUUCAUCAGAGGAGAGAAGACUCAACGUGGGGGCUGUUUCAGAUUUCCCACCGCCCACGGGUCGUGAGGUGAUUUUGCGCACAACCGUCCCCCGCCCCGCACCUUACUCCAAGCCAUUGCCCCAGCGCAUGUACAGCGUGCUGACGAAGGAAGAUUUUCGACUUGCAGGUGCCUUUUCAGCAGAUACAACGUUCUUCUGA